UUUGGUUACAUGCAAAUGCUGUAGAAGGAAAUAGAGCUCCGCAAUGGCGUCGUUGACACGGCAGACGUCAUGAAAGACUUGUCACUGAGUAUUUUCUUCAUUUCACUCCGGCGUGAUCAUGAUCAAUUAGGCUGACUUUACGUCCUUACACUGUUUCGAAACUCUUACUGUAGUUAUGGCUGGUUCUUCUCUUCCUAGAUUCGUCAGCGACCGAGCAAUUACAGGCAACCCAUCACUUUGUAAACGACUGUUCAGACAGCGGUUUACCAAAGCCAAAACACUGCACAGUCGCAAUCUUGUGGGCCAUUAUGGUUGUGUAAACGCCAUAGAAUUCAGUAACAAUGGUGGGCAGUUCCUUGCUUCGGGAGGAGAUGACCGACGCGUCUUACUCUGGAAUGUCCAGGAGGCCUUGUCAUUGGACAAGAAGUUUGAGGUGAUGAUUGGGGAGCAUCAUUCCAACAUCUUCUCGUUAGCAUUUGACAGUCACAACAGCAGGAUCUACUCGGGAGGAAAUGACGACCAAGUGCUGGUUCAUGAUAUGCAAAGGAAGGACACUGUUGAUGUAUUUCUCCAUGAAGACGCUGUAUAUGGCCUAGCGGUUGAUCCCAGAGACAGCCACAUCUUCACUAGUGCGUGUGCUGACGGUCGUGUCUUACUAUGGGAUACCAGAGUACCUAGUCACCAAGAGCCGAUUGUGAUAGCAACCUCCCAGACAGCUUUCUAUGCUGUAGUGUACCAUCCUGUGGAGCCUGAGUUCAUAGCCACUGCCAAUUCCAAAGAAGGUGUGGCAUUAUGGGAUAUCCGAGCGCCUGGGAGCUGUCUAGUACGCUACGGCAGCACGUACACCCAACAGAGUGCCAUGAGUGUACGCUUCAACCAGCUCGGAACCAGACUAGUUGCACUACGCAGGCGCCUGCCUCCUGUUGUCUAUGACGUUCAUAGCAGUGCUGCCGCCGUGCAGUUCAACCACUCCGGUUAUUACAAUUCCUGCACCAUGAAGAGUUGUACCUUUGCUGGUGAUAAAGAUCAGUAUGUUUUGUCUGGAUCCGAUGACUUCAAUCUGUACAUGUGGGAGGUUCCUGAACCCAGUGAGGAUGUGAUGUGGGUUGACGAAGCCAAGCUAGUUUUACAAGGUCAUCGCUCCAUUGUGAAUCAAGUGCGAUUCAAUGCCUACACACACAACAUAGUAUCCUCGGGCGUUGAAAAAAUCAUCAAGUUGUGGAGUCCAUUCAAUUUUCCAAAUGCCCGAUCUGAUGAAGACUCGCCCAGGAAAAUGUUCUCCCACCAGCAGUACAUCGAUCUUGUCAUCAACAGCGGCACAGCCCUAUCCCAUGAUUACACGGACCAAUCCAUUGAAGAAGAUCCCCGUAUGAUCGCUUUCUUCGACUCUCUGGUUCAGCGUGAAAUCAACCGCAGCUUCAGUGACUCCGAUGACAGUGACAUGAGUCCAGAGAGCCUGUAUCUGCACUUUGCCGGUGAGGGAGAUGACAGCGACAACAGCAGAGACACAGAGAGUGGGUCCUCGGUCUCCUCAAUUCAUGCCUCUGUCAUCAGUCGACUGAUGGGGGAGAACACUGAUACUAGCCCCACAUCACAGCUGAGAACUUUGUGGAAUCUCAGCACAUCUUCCAGAGACCAACCUGCAGCCAGCUUUAUAAAUGAAGUCGCUGAUGAUCAUGAGAGCAAUAGUGACAGCACAUCAGACCAGGACUCAAACUUACCAAAGAGAGCCGCACAGCAGGCUCAGAAUUGCGCUUCCACGAGUGAGGUGGCAGGCCCUUCAAGACAGGACCAAUCAAUGGAAAAUGGUGAUGCACAGAAUAAUCCGGAUGCAAGUGAGACUGCCUCCUCCAAAAGAAAGCGCAGCCGACAUAGACCUAGCAGCUCCACAACCUCCCCGGAUUCAUCAAGCAGCGAUGAGGAUGUCAACUUUCAGGAAUUACGCGCAAAGAGCCGACUUCUACGGAGGUUUCUGAUGAAGAAAAAGAGGAAAAGCGGAACAGAUGUGGAUGAUGAUCAGCAGAGCUCAGAACUGAUUAACAAUGACCGAUUCAUCAACCUCAAGCAACGCAUGGCAAUCUCUCGAGUUCUCAAAGGGAAGAUAGGCAGACCAGGGGACAGGCUUAGUCGUCCUGGCGUUAGAGAAGAGGACUUGACUCGCAUCACUGAACACCUGCAACAGAGGAGUAUGGCUACCCAUCAACGAUUGGCAAUCAGUCGUAUGAGACGUAGACUCCAACAAGAAAAUGACGUUGGCAUAGGCAACUCACUGGGCGAGAGUAGCCAUACAGGCUUGGAGCCUGUCACAAAUGACAGCCUACCCCUACCUUCUUCCCUCGAGCUAAAUCAUGCUUCAUGCAGUACAGCUCAAAGAACAACGAAUAAUGACCGUUCCUUAGCUGUUCCAUCGACACAGCUAAACAUUGCAACUACUUCAUCAACAGCACUUAACUCUGAAUGUAUGCCAAGUUCGUCCUCGUUUUGUGGAAGCAAUAUGAACACUAAAGUGUCCAAUAACCAUUCUGCGAGUCUCAACUCCAAUGGAGACAGCUCCAUGUUAGCUGGGUGUAGCAAUGAAGCAUCGUGUUCAAACCACCACUCAUUUAGUAGUUCAAAUCACAUCGUGCCAGAAGAGACAAACGAAUCUGAACAGCAGUAUGACAAUCAUCACCUGAAUGAAUUCCAUAAAUUUAAAAAUCAGACGGCGAGAGCCAAACGGCGGUACAGAUCCCACAAAGAGAAAAAAGCCCACGAAGAUUCCGACACAGAUUAGAGUUGGCACAUAUCAAACAAUCACGGACUGCUUGCACAUGCUUUGUGAUUGCCUGAGAGAAUGAGGAUGUGUGUGGAAUGUCCAACACCCACAUGUAGAGUUGUUCUUCUUCACUUGGUAUUGGAUAGUGUCUGAAAUUCAGACACUAUUGCUUAAUGCAUGUACAUCUGCUGUGUGUAAAUUUAUAUUGGUGUGAAUUCAGUGAGCCCGCAGCAUGUUCACUUUCAUAGAUCAGGCAAAAUGCUCUGUUUCCAAGGAAGUAUUCGGGAUAAACAACAUGGCUUCACAUUU